UCGAUCCCUCGUCCUGAUCGAGCGUGUGCGUGUGUGAGGGGAUGGAUAGAGGCAUGGGGCUGUCCGGCGAUGAGCGGCGGCGGCGGUUCAGCUGGAAAGCCCCCGCCGUGAUAUUGGGGUUCGAGCUGCUGGAGAGCAUCGCCUUCUCCGGGGUGGCGCUCAACCUGGUGGUGUACCUGGCCGCCGUCCUGCACGGCACCCUGGCCUUCAACGCCGCCCACGUCGACACCUGGAACGGCACCACCUUCAUCGUCCCCGUCAUCGGCGCCUUCAUCGCCGACUCCUACUGGGGCAAGUACCGGACCAUCCUCUUCUCCCUCCUCUUCUACCUCGCCGGCCUGGUGCUCCUCACCGUCUCCGCCGCUGUCCCCUCUCUGCGCCCGCCUGCCUGCAACGGAGGGCCAUGCUCGCCGGCCACGGGGACCCAGUUCUCCGUCUUCUUCCUCGCGCUCUACCUCACCUCCAUCGGAACAGGGGGGGUCAAGUCUGCACUGCUCCCCUUCGGGGCAGAGCAGUACGAGCGCCACGGCCACGGCCACGCCGACGACGACACUCCCCCGGAGAAGAAGAAACAGUCCUUCUUCAGCUGGUUCUUCGGCGCCAUCAACCUGGGCAUCUUCAUCGCCGGGACGCUUGUCUCCUGGGUCGAGCAAAAUGUGUCCUGGGCGCUUGGCUUCGGCAUCGCCACGCUCUGCCUGCUCAUCGCCACGGCGGCCUUCCUGGCCGGCACACCCUGCUACAGGGUGCGCCUCCCCACGGGGGACAGCCCAGUAAAGGGCAUCCUCAGGGUGCUGGUGGCCGCCUUCAGGAACUGGAGACGGCCGCUGCCGCCGGACGGCGAAGGCCUGUACGAAGUACUCGACGACGACGACGACAAGAACAAGGACGCCGAAGAGAAGCUGGCGCACACCGAGGGGCUGCGGUGGCUGGACAGGGCCGCCGUGAAGGGCGGCGGCGGGCCGUGGGAUCUGUGCACGGUGAGCGAGGUGGAGCGCGUGAAGGUCCUGGCGCGGAUGGUGCCCAUCUGGGUGACGUGCGUGCUGUACGCGGCGUCGCUGGGGCAGAUGACGACGACCUUCAUCCAGCAGGGGAUGGCCAUGGACACGAGGCUGUUCGGAGGCAGGUUCCGGGUGCCGGUGGCGUCGCUGGUGUCGGUGGAGGUGGUGUUCAUGCUGCUGUGGGUGCUGCUGCACGACGUGGUGGUGAUGCCGGUGGCGAGAAGGUGGCGUGCGGGGGGGCUGACGCAGCUGCAGCGGAUGGGCGUGGGGAGGCUGCUGGUGGUGGUGUCCCUGGCGACGGCGGCUCUGGUGGAGAGGCGGAGGCUGCGCGGGGAGAAGCGUGCGAUGAGCAUCGCGUGGCAGGUGCCGCAGUUCGUGGUGCUGGCCGGCUCCGACGUGUUCAGCGGAAUCGCGCAGCUGGAGUUCUUCUACGGCGAGGCGCCCGGGUCGAUGCGCAGCAUCUGCUCCGCCUUUUCCUUCCUCGCGCUCUCGCUGGGCUUCUACGUCAACUCGCUGGUGGUGACGGUCGUGGCGGCGGUCACCAAGAGGCACGACGGCUCCGGCGGGUGGCUGGCGCCGGACCUGGACACGGGCCACCUCGACUACUACUUCUGGCUCUGGGCGCUCAUCAGCCUCGCCAACCUCGCCCUCUACCUGCUGCUCGCCGGCCGCUACAAGUCCAAGCACCUCUCAUCAUCUCCGACGGACACGGACACCUACACUAGCUAGAUCCAACAGUACACGCACUACAUACUUCUUCCAAAUUAACAGUAAUCAAUCAUCCACGACCACGACCACGACGCCAAAUUACUAAGAUCGAUCGAUCGGUCAAUCGACCGACUACAUUAAUUUCAGCUUAACUAGUGAGUGUAAGUAAUCGUAUCCACAGCUGCAAGCAUUUGUGUAGUAUGGAUCUGCUUAUAUUUUGGUUGUGAAUUCAACAUAGGGAAAGAAAUCGGUAAGGUAUCUCGUCCUGGUUAUUUUGGCUUUGAUUUGAC